UGGGUACACGCCCCCGAGUUUCACCCUUUCCCAUGGCAUUGAGCAGCAUGCAGUUUAGCGUAGCUCAUAGUUUGUGUGAAAGGUUACUACAGGGUUAGGUCACAGACAUAAAUUGCACAUAGUACUCACGCAAACACCCCGGGAGAAACUCCGGCGAACGAGACGGACCAGUGUUCCGCUGGAUUACCUAGUGGGCGUGCACCCCUCUCUUACCGCAGCCCAGUGCGUGUAGGCUUCUGCCGCGCUCAUUGAGCUUGCUAAUGGGAAUUUGUUACUACCUGCUUCCCAGUUGACAGCUCACAGAACCCGUAGCAUGGCUCAGGCGGUCACGGGCGGCUCUAUGGAAAGGGUGAUUCUGGCUGAUUGAGCGUUGUAUCCGCCAUCCCUUGGGGAGGAAUAAUACAUUCUGUUGUUGCGGCAGUGAGUGGAUCUAUUCCCUAGUAUGUAACCUGUGGUUUGCGAUAGUGCCUCGGGCAUCGUGGACGCGCGGUGGAACGGAAUAAUCAAUAUUUGGACCGUUAUCUGAUUGACCAUCGUUAGUGCGCCGACAUGUCGAACCUGGUCAGGAGCAAGAAGGACAAGGAGAUAAUUGCAGAGUAUGAGAGCCAGGUGAAAGAUGUGCGUGCCCAGCUGGUGGAGCAGCAGCGGUGUUUGGAACAGCAGACAGAGAUGAGGGUGCAGCUGCUGCAGGACCUGCAGGACUUCUUCAGGAAGAAGGCUGAGAUCGAGACGGAGUACUCCAGGAACCUGGAGAAACUAGCAGAGCGGUUCAUGGCCAAGACACGCAGCACCAAGGACCACCAGCAGUACAAAAAGGACCAGAACUUGCUGUCUCCAGUUAACUGCUGGUACCUGCUGCUGAACCAGGUGAGGAGGGAGAGUAAAGACCACGCCACACUCAGUGACCUCUACCUGAACAACGUCAUCACCCGCCUCACGCACAUCAGCGACGACUCCGCCCGCCUGCUCAAAAGAAGUAAAGAGAUCACCUUUCAGCUGCAGGAGGACUUGAUGAAGCUCCUUAAUGAACUCUACACCGUGAUGAAGACAUACCACAUGUACCAUGGGGAGACGCUGAACGCGGAGACCAAGCUGAGGGAUGCCGAACGUCAGGUGGGGGUUGGCAAAGUGGGGCCUGGCGGAGGGGUGGAGCCGCUAUUCGGCAUGCGUAUAGAGGAACGCCACCAGAGACGCAACGCCGCCCGCAAGAUGGAGAAGAUGAGGGAGAAGAGGAAGGCUAAGUACUCUGAGAACAAGCUGAAGUCCCUGAAGGCCAGGAACGAGUACCUUCUGACGAUGGAAGCCACCAACUCCUCCGUGUUCAAAUACUACAUCCACGAUCUGCCCGAUAUCAUAGACUGUUGUGACCUGGGGUACCAUUCCAGUCUGAGUCGUGCGUUGAAGACCUACCUGUCUGCAGAGCUGAGUCUGGAGGCCUCCAGGCGGACAGGGUUGGAGGUACUGGAGGGGGCCGUAGAGGGCCUGGAUCCUGCCCGAGACAGGCAGCGCCUGCUGGGCCUCUACCCCACUGCCUUCUGCCCCCCGCCACGCUUCAGCUUCCAGCCCCACAUGGGGGACCCCGUGACCCAGAUAGCCGCCCAGCCACAGGUGCAGGCAGAGCUCACAUCUAGGCUGCAGCAGCUCCAGUCACGCCUCUCCACCCUGAAGAUAGAGAAUGAGGAGGUGAAGAAGACGUCAGGGGCCACUCUCACCACCCUCCAGGACAUGACAGUGCUGGAUGACUAUGACGUUUCCCAGAGUUUCACCCACAGUCCCUCUUCAGAGUCGGUCAAGUCCAGCGUGUCGGACGGCUACCUAAACAAACCCAGCCUCGCCAAGCGCCGUGCCAACCAACAGGAGACUGAGCUCUUCUACUUCACGAAGUUCCGUGAGUAUCUGGAGGGCAGUAAUCUGAUCUCCAAACUACAGGCCAAGCACGACCUGCUGAAGAAAGCCAUGGCCGAGGGGCAUAUAGCAGACACGCUGACCACCAGCCGUGGACGAAAGAACUCCCAUAGCAAUCACCAGGACUCGACUAAAGCCAUUCCUCUGCUGGUGGAGAGCUGCAUCCGUUACAUCAACCUCCAUGGUCUUCAGCACCAGGGCAUAUUCCGUGUGUCGGGGUCGCAGGUGGAGGUCAACGACAUCAAGAACUCAUUUGAGAGAGGUAACGACCCCCUGAUUGACGAGGAGAAUAACCAUGACAUCAACUCGGUGGCCGGUGUGCUGAAGCUCUACUUCCGGGGGCUGGAGAACCCCCUCUUUCCCAAGGAAAGGUUCAACGACCUCAUUUCCUGUGUCCGUAUAGAGAGCCUGUAUGACAGAGCUCAGUGUAUUCGUAAGAUUCUACUGGGUGUUCCACGGGCGACUCUGGUCGUGAAUAGAUACCUGUUCGCCUUCCUCAACCACUUAUCCCAGUACAGCGAUGAGAACAUGAUGGAUGCUGGGAAUCUGGCCAUCGUCUUCGGCCCCACCCUGCUGCCCACGCCCGACGCCCUGGACCAGGUGGCCUGCCAGGCGCAUGUUAAUGAGGUCAUCAAGACGGUCAUCCUGCACCACGACAACAUCUUCCCCGACCCCCCGGAGCUGCCUGGGCCCAUCUAUGAGAAGUGCAUGACCGGAGACCAGUACUGCGAGAGUCCGUUCAGCGAGCCGGGUGGGGAGGCGGAGCCUGAUGGCGGCACAGAGACUCAGACCAGUGAGGAGGAGGGGGAAGCAGUAGAGGCAGUGGCCAGGUUUGACUAUACGGGCCGGUCGGGGCGGGAGCUCUCCUUUAAGAAGGGAGUGACCCUGCAGCUGUUCCAGCGUGCAUCACAUGACUGGUGGGAGGGGCGACUCAACGGCACCCAUGGCCUGGUGCCUCACCAGUACAUAACACUGAAGGACAGGCCUGACUCUGCAUCAACAGUGGACAGCGACAGUGGGAGCACUAGCAAUGAUGACAAGAGAGCCAGAAGUGAGCUGAGCUCUCCUACUGACAGACAGCCUGAGACCUACAACAGGUCAGUAGUUAGAUCGCCAGAGACCUACAACAGUUCAGUAGUUAGAUCGCCAGAGAUCUACAACAGGUCAGUGGUUCGAUCGCCAGAGACCUACAACAGGACAGUAGUUAGAUCGCCAGAGACCUACAACAGCAGCCACCGCAGGAAGCGGACUGACAUUUUCCGUCGCCCCCUCGGUCGCUCUAAAGACCAUGGUAACGGGAGUGUGUUGGAGAGGAACUCGCCACCCGUCACUGGUCACUUCAGCCCGCGGGAGCUCCUUCUGGGGCGGGGCACUGGUUUAACCCCGCCUCUCGACAGCCCUGAGCGUCGUCGCCGUUCCACUGCCGCGGUAACGGUUACCGUGAGCCGCCACGAUUCACUGCGUCGGCCUGAAGACACGCCCAUCCGGCGCUCCAGCAGCGGGCAGCACGGCUUCAGCUCCAGAACCCUGGACCCAGACACACUGGCACAGGACAUAGAGGAGAGUGUGAGUGUGGCUCUGGGGCAGCUGAGGCAGUUGGAGCGUGGGGGCUGCAGACCGGCUCCUGACGUGGUCCUGGACACUCUGGAGCAGGUUAAGAACAGCCCAAUCACUGCCUGCUCCUCCGAGUCGCCCAGCCCCCACAGCACCCCCUCCACCCCAGGGACUCCUGGUACCCCUAGUCCCCUCAGCCCUCUGAGCCCCCUCAUUCCCCUCCCUGGCCCCCCUCCCGCACCCAUCCGAUCUACCAACCCCUCCCCCGACACCCUGGGCUCCUUCAAGCCCGUAGUGGGGGCUCCUCUCCGUAUGGGAGCUCCGCUUCGCCCCCCGGCCUUGAGGCCGAAACCCCUGGUGCCGCCCAAGAGCAACACCCCCCCUCUGCCCCCGCUGCUGGACAAGUCCUGCACCAUGUGAUGAGCCAAACCAGGUCAAAAUAAAGAGUGGGAGAACAGGGUACCUGCUUACUGUUUAGAAACCUGAACAAGGGUAGAAAGUGGUAGGACAGAUCUGAAACAAACGGUUUUUAUGUAGUAAUACAAAAUAAUAUAUGAUCUAUGAUAUGCCAUGAUAUUUAUGUGUGUCGUCAGGUUGGUGUGUACUCUCUUCUUGGUGUGUAGGAGUUAACGUUCUCCAUGUAUCAAAGCAUUUAUCAAAGGGUAGCUGUGUAAAAUGGGACUGCUGAAUGGGAGAAGUACAAGGAAAAAAAGUAUAAGCUAAAGCAAGCAGAAACCCUAUCCUGUAAAAGAGAUGUAGUCACAGAUGUGUGGGAAGUGUAGUUCUCCUCCAGUGAAAUGUAGUUUCAGUGACGUGAACGUUGACUAUGUAAUGACAAAAGGCUCCUCAGCUAAUGAAGGUCUAUCACCAAAAGGCUGCUGUGUUCUUAGUGUAUUUCGAUUGGCUGCUGCAUCUACGAGCGAUUUUCAUUGGCGACGCGAAAGAAAAGGACAAUGCGGAGUGAAGAUGGGUCAAGGGAGGCUCACACAGAAUGGAAACAUAAGGGCGGAUGUCUGUGUGAUCUUUUUUUAAAUUAUUUUCUAUUUCACUUCGUUCCGCUGCUAAGCUCACUAAUGCCUCAACCGAAGCCUCUCGAGGCAUUGGUGACAAAACUCACGUUCUAUUUAACCAAUGUUCAGCUAUUUAAUGAAUGUUCCAGUAUUUAACGACUGUUCAGCUCUCUAUUGAAUGUUCAGUGGGCAAUAAUGUCACAGGGGCCGGCAGCGGCGUUAACCCUCACUACUAGAAAACCGCCUUCUCGUGUUCAACCGAUACACACACAGGCCAGGUACACACACACAGGCCAGGGGAAAUAGUUUGGAGGUACAGUGGUGGAGGGGGUUAGGAGUUUGUAGAGUACGUUUCCCUCGGCCUGUGUGUGUGUGUGACUUCUUUCCCCUUACCCUGUUUGUCUGUGGGUGUUUCCUCUGCCUGCCCUCGUUCUGUUCCUUUGUAAGUGCGAUGGUGGAUAAAAUGAUGGAUUAUUCAUGUUUGCCUUUAGUAACAGAACAUGUGCAGGACAGGGGUGCGUGUUGCUGGCAGUUGGUGUGUUUGGGAAUAUGGUGUAUCUGGUUGUGUUAGACUGAAGUCACUAAAUAACCUUAAGUUCACAGUAAGCAAACAGGCUGUGGGGCUUUUGAGUGUAAAUGCCCAAAAUACACUUGGAACAGCAGCACACUGAAUGUGUCCUCUUUACUGGGUUGGGAACUGUUGCGUGUGUGUUUGAGCAGUACUGGGGAUGUGUGUCUUUAAGAAUGGGCUAUGGGCGUGCAUCGGUUUGUGUGUGUCAAUGUGAAAGUGCCUUUUUUUUUUUUACCCUCGUCUUUGUGGGGAGUUUUAUCCACUCGCGCAUGUCCCGAACAGAGAGCAGCAGCACUUAGAAUGAAAUAAUCUAAGCGUUUAGUAGAAGACUGAAUUAUGAAUCCUAGAGUUAAUCUAUUGUGACAUUGCACUUUGAUAUAUUGGGGAAAUUGUGUACUUGGCAUGUAGCAUUAUAACAUGUGAACAGGUGCAUUUUAAGGGACGUUGGUUUCUCUCUGAAUGUGUCUGAUAAUUAAAGGAAAUGGUUUAGUCUGUUGCUGUAUCUGAAACUCCUGAGCUUCCUAAAGACAAGCUCUUAUACCCAAGUGGAUAGUAUUGAUGUUGUGUUUAUAUGAUAAAUAAAAGGGAAGAAAUGAA